UACUCUAAUCUUUUUAGUUAGUGACACCACUGUAUCUUCCUCCAUCAUCUUUCCUCUAUCUUCUGUGGCCUUUCUCAUUGUACCCCUUGAGAAAACAUCUUUAGAGUGGCCACCAAAGUCAGGAAGAAUACAGUUGGACCAUGAAUUCUUAGAGAGGCUGCAGAAAUUUGUCCAAAUUCAUAGGAAUAGCUAUAUGGUAUUGACAUCAGCUCUCCAUGGACCCCACGAGAUGGCUAUCAUAUCAGCUAUACAAACCAGAUUCAUAGAUCACAACCUCCGAAUAUUGCCAGUACAUAAUGACAGUGAAUGUUUGCAAACCAUUCUAACAAUUGCUCAGGCAACCUGUACACCGACGUGCAACAUCCUGAGGUCUCGUCUGGAUGCUAUCUUAUCACGGCAGAACAGUGCUCAGAUGAUUCUCAACAUUCUAUCCCAGUUGGGUCUAAAUCAUCAUCAAUGCAUGGUGCUUCAGCAAGGAUGUGGCAAUUUAUCUUCAGUUGCUACAGCAUCAAGACAACAACUCAUGGAUUGCAGCCUGGAUCCCGAGACUGUCAAUGAGAUUAUUGCAUACUUUGAAAAAGAUGAUUAUUCUGAGGGAUGAUGUUAAUACAUCAUGUUGUGCUAAACUUGAGAAGAGGGUGUGUAAUUACUCUUUGUACACACUGAAUCUAUUGUGUUUGGGCCUUUGAUGCCAUGAAAGAUGAGCCCCCCCCAAAAAAAAAAAAAUCAAAACAUGUAUUUGAAAUUAAUAAAUUUCAGAGCCCUGAGAAAUGUGUAACCUCCCUUUGGUGUGACAUUUACAUUUUAUAACACUUGUACAAAAACAUCUUAAAUACCAAGUCCAUCCUAAUUAAAAGUAGAUUUAAAUAUGUAAAGAAAAUAAAUCAAACAAGCAGAACAAAAAACUCAUCAAAUUUGGAUGUAAAUUUAUAUUUCAAGUUUCACAUCUUAGUAAGUAAAUGAGGGAUUUUAUUAUAUCACCCAGUCACUGUUAUGUUUUUUUUUUCAUUGAAAUACAAAAUAUUUCAAUUUUUCUCAUUAAUUAUCUUAAAUAUUUUUUCUCAUAAUAAAGUUUGUUUCCUUCUUGAACUAUGGAAUUGCCAAUGUAGCAAUCUAGAGCUUAUUCAUGUGCAGAACAUGAAGUAUUCCAUGUUUCAUGAAAUAUGAACUGAAUAGCGAGAAUGUUACAUGCUGAGCUCUCUCUCAUUUGCACCUCACCAAUGAUUUGCUGGUUUAUUGUGUAAAUAGUGAAAGUUUGAAGAGCCAUGUCUUUCUUAUUUUACAUCCAAUUUGUUCAAAAUUUUCAUUACUUUAGUAAUUUGUUUUUCUUAUAAAUUUAAGCUGGGGUGGACAAGGUUUGGAAGGACCAAUAGCAACAUUUACAAUGAU